AUGAACGCUCACACUACCGUGCCGUUCACCAACUAUCCUCGUCCCUAUGUAGAGGAUGUCUCUGAUGAAGAGGACAGUGAUGGCGGUGACGGACAGCUUGAAAACCCGCAGUUCAGCGAUCCGCUUCGUCCAGCUGAGCACGCUCAAGGUAACGCGUCGGACAUUAAGUUAUCAGUGAUUAAACAUUUACAUGGGAUAUCACUAGAUGACAACUACGAAAGAGAAGAACAUUCUUCACCUAAGAAUGAGGAAUGGUGGCCAUGGCGCAGCCAGAAGGCUAGUGAAUGUCUCAUCGAUGUUCUGGGUGCAUUUCCCCGCGCAGCUUUCUCAGAGGCCGAGAUGGACGUCACCCGGUGGUUCGCAACCCAACUCGGUGCUCUCGAUUUACCCAGCGUCCGCGUUGUCAAAGAUCAUCGCGCUUUUGUCCUCAAGACAGCGGGAUCCCAGCCGGAGAUGGUCAAAAGCUCUCUUGGGAAUUACUAUUGCAAGACAAGCCUCGGAACAAUUCUGACACAUGAGAUGGCCAAUCCAAUGGUUCGCCCUCUGCUACAUUUGUAUCCGGAGAAGAGUGCGCCACACCUGUCUGAGGCCCGUCAGGCUGACAGAUGGUUGUCUGAAGUCGAGCCCAAGUAUGCCGGCAUCAUGGCGCGCGAUGCUGAGGGACAGCAAGACUAUUACAUACACGAGCCGUGUCUCGCUGACCUCGAUGGCACGGGAAAACCUGCCAUAGUAAUGCCCGUUCGAUUCUUCAUGAAGAACGGCUCGAUGCACGCGCAAGCACAUUGCAUGACAGUGCUCGAAGACGGCUUCGUCAUUGAAGCAGGCCGAAAGCGGGACUGUCGUGAUGUGCCGCUCUCUGCACUCAAGUUAAGCUUUCCACGGCUCCUUGAGUCAUUUGCGCUCUAUAAACUACCGUCGCCAGACCAGAUUAUAGGCGUUCGGCGUCAUAAAUGCAGCUGUCAAAGAAGCCAGACAACUUCAAGUUCGCGUCCCUGUCGACAUAUCGAGAAGUGGGAACAUCCUCCCCUCAACGCAUGGCGUGCGAAAGCCCAGGGCCGUCGUGUUCUGCCCUUGCCGUUAUGGAUGUAUUGUGAUGACACUUCUGGCAAUAGCUCUAAGAAAUGGAAUAAGCAUAACUCGUUCCUGUUUGUGCUGGCAGGAUUGCCGCGUGAGCAUGUCCACCUACCCUAUAAUAUCCAUUUCCUAUCAACGUCAAAUGUUGCCGCUCCACUUGAGAUGUUAGAGGGUAUCUCUGCGGAUCUAAGAGAGCUCCAAGACCACGGUCUCGUCGCUUGGGACUGUGUAUUUAAUGAAGAAGUUAUCUACGUUCCGUGGCCAUUUGCAUUCCUUGGAGAUAACCCAAUGCAAAGCGAGCUAGCCUCCCAUGUCGGCAUGACAGGAAAGUUCUUCUGUCGCGUUUGCACAGGUGGAGAGAAGGACACGUCCAGAGGCCCAACAUCAGCUCAGGAACAGCAUCGGCUUCUUUCAGCAUUUCUCACACUUGGUGCGCCUCGCACACGGGAGCACACUAUUGCAGAACUUCGGAAACAAUGGGACUGCGUCGAGAGUGGUCGACCAUCCCGCGUAGAUGCUACGGCAACACAAUCUGGUGCAAAGGACAAGCAUCUUACUGCGUUCCUCGAGCAGCUCACAGCAGAGCUCGCAAAGCUCAAGACCCAAAAUCAAGACGAAGGACGUCCCGCGAGUGCCGGAUUUCGAGAGCUGCUCGACCAACUUCUUGAUGGGCGAGCACCAGAAGAUAUUCUCAAUCCUAUAUUUACUCUUGAUGAUAUUGAUCCAAACGCAGACACACCAGUAGAGAUACUACAUGUUGUCUUGCUAGGCUUCGCGAAGUACUUCUGGCGUGAUGCCGUCUCCAGGCAGUCUGCUGCCGGUAAACAGACGUUGAAGGCCCGCCUCUCAAGCCUUAAUGUCUCCGGUCUUGGUCUCUUCGAUCUGCAAGGCUCGACGUUCGUCCAAUAUGCAAAGUCUUUAACAGGCCGCGAUUUCCGCGUGAUACUCCAAGUUGCACCAGCAGUACUCUACGAUCUGGUCCCGCCAGAAGCAUAUGAAGCCUGGCUAGCCUUGUGCCGGCUUUGUCCGUUAGUCUUCCAGCCAGAAAUCCGCGAGCUUGACAGCUACCUAGUUAUGCUGCAGGAAGCUAUUGACGAUUUCUUGGCCGCAACAGCUCUAUGGACGACUCAGUGGUUCAAUAAACCGAAGUUUCAUCUUCUUCUCCAUCUCGUGCUCCAUAUUCGCCGCUUCGGACCUGCUAUUCUUAUGGCAACGGAAGGCUUCGAAUCGUACAACUACGUCAUACGUAGUCGCAGCAUUUUGUCCAACCGACAUGCACCAAGCAAGGAUAUUGCCCACUCAAUGAGCUUUACCCAUGCUGUCCGCCAUCUUGUCAGUGGUGGCUUCGUAACGACUCAAGAGGGACUACGACGUCAAGCCGGAAUGUGCGUUCAGGCACUCGCACAUGAUCAGAUCUUUCUUCAGCUUAUGGGCAUGGCACAUCUCGAUGCAGCCUCAGACAGCAAGCUCUCUUCACUCAUCCCUCGAAGCAAGUCUCUCACAGCGUCUGUCUUGCCAACCAUCAGCGAAGCUGAAGGCGGAGAGGCUGAUGAUGAGCUGCUAAUGCCAUGUCUGUCAGUAAGUCUCCCUGGCGAAGACAUAGCUCGGUUGGAAGGCUUCUUAUUGGUCGACUUGGGUGAGGCUACACCGGCACUCGGGCGGGUGCUUGAGAUCCUGCGAGGUCAAGAUGGUCGCGUCCACCUCCUUCUGCAACAAUGGGAUGUGCAAGCGUGUAUUCUUCCUUAUCUUAUGCCACGGUGUGCAGUAAGAACUAACGCUACACGUUCUAUCCAGGGUGUCCUUUGCGUUGCUCAUACUUUUCACAACUGUCACCGCAAUCACUGUGUGGCCUCUAGAACACGUGUUGUGCGCCAGGAACGCCAGGAAACAGCUCUUCGAGCAGACGAAUACUUGCAUACAACCCACUCCGAAGACCUCGUUCUCAACCUGGCAAAAAUGCGAAGUGCCGCCAAGUUCCAUGUGUUCCGCUCCGGCUCACGUUAUCCACAUAUUUCUCUUGCUGAACUGCUUCCUCUGGCAGUCGAGAAGCGUCAGCAAAUGAACCAGGCUACACAAACCACCACUGGGAAUAAACGCACUCGCUCCACUAUUCAGACGGCGCCUUCUACACCGCAUCGUAGAUCAGCUGUGCUGAGUGGGAUGCUACCUCCAGCUCAAGUAUAUCCUCUGAAAACACCACCCAGAGGUACGCCUUUGCAGCUACCGGAUGAGCUACCUUGUACACCUUCACGACGAACAUCAGCCAUCCAGUUUACUGUACCUCACACUCCUGAAAUGUAUGCGCAGGAAUAA